GCUGACAGGAGUCAGCUGCCUGCAAAUCUUUCACUGAGGACACGGCAUCCACAGGACCGGAAGUGAGUCACGCACACACCCGCUGCAGCGCUAACAACGAACGCUUCGAGGUGGUCAGCUCUUCUCUAUGUGAGUUUGAAUCUUGCUGAACACAGAUUUCAGCUGAACGUUUUCCUCCAGACUCACAAUGGGUUCAAUGUUUCGUGGAGAGGAAGUGUGUCUUGCACAACUCUUUCUACAAAAUGGCUCAGAGUAUCAGUGUGUAAGUGAACUGGGAGAGCUUGGACUGGUGGAAUUCAGAGAUCUCAAUCAGAAUGUUAAUUCCUUCCAGCGCCGAUUUGUGUCUGAGAUUAGACGUUGUGAAGAUAUGGAGAAAACCUUUGGGUACCUAGAACAGGAGUUGCAAAAAGCUGGAGUGGAGAUACCAGUCUCAAACAUUUCUCCACCAGCUCCUAUGCCCAAGGAUGCCCUAAGGAUUCAAGAGGAAUCUGAACAACUUGCAAAAGAGCUGGGAGCAGUAUCUGGAAGUCGACAAACUCUUAGACAAAACUUGAGAGAGCUUCGGGAAUAUGCCAAUAUCUUGAGAGAGAGCCAGAGAUUCACAGGGCCACUUCCUGAAUCAGAGGUCCCUUGGCUUGACAGGACUGAGAAUGACCCCUUGCUGGAUAAUGCAGUAAGUCAAAGACAGGAUCUUCGAAUCAGUUUUAUAGCAGGUGUUAUUCAUCCAUGGCGCAUGAACUCUUUUGAGCGUCUACUGUGGCGUGCUUGUCGUGGAUACUUGAUAGUCAACUUUGUGGAGAUGUCAGAGCCAAUGGAAGACUUGGUGACAGGUGAAAGUGUCACUCAAAUUAUCUUUCUCAUUUCCUAUUGGGGAGAAAGAAUUGGAGAGAAGAUCAAAAAGAUUGCUAACUGUUUUCACUGUCACAUGUAUCCAUACGCCGAAGAUGAAUCUUCUCGUCUGGAUACUCUUAGAGAGCUUCUGAUUAAGAUCCAAGACAUACAGAAGGUGCUGUCUCAAACAGAAGGUUACUUGUCUCAGGUGCUUGUUCGAACUGCUGAAGUGCUGCAUCCCUGGAAAAUUAAAGUGAGAAAGAUGAAACACAUUUAUCUCAUUCUAAAUCUAUGCAGUGUCCGUGAACGUUGUCUGAUUGGGGAAGUUUGGUGUCCUGUGGCUGACUUACCCAUUCUACAAGGGGCACUGGCUCGAGCAUCGGAGAGUAGUGGAGGGGGUGGUGAAUCAUUCUGUCAAAAGAUUCCAUGCUCUUUUAGCCCUCCUACCCUUAUCCGAACCAAUAAAUUCACAUCUGGCUUUCAGGAAAUUGUGGAUGCCUAUGGUGUGGCUGCUUACCAAGAAGUGAACCCAGCUGUCUACACAAUUAUAACAUUCCCAUUCCUUUUUGCUGUGAUGUUCGGGGAUGUUGGACAUGGUCUGCUCAUGUUUCUCUUUGCACUUUGGCUAGUUUUAAGUGAGGAUAAUCCCAAAUAUAAAUACUCCCAGGAUGAGAUUUUCAAUAUGUGUUUUGGAGGACGUUAUCUAAUUCUCCUAAUGGGCGCAUUCUCUAUUUAUACUGGAUUUGUGUAUAAUGAAUGUUUCAGUCAAGCCACUGUCAUCUUUCCCUCUGGUUGGAGUGUUGCUACCAUGGCAAAAGUAAAAAACUGGACAGUGGACUCACCUCCAGAACCUCUGGACCCCAACAUUACUGGUGUCUUUAUUGCUCCAUAUCCAUUUGGAAUUGACCCAAUUUGGAGUCUCUCUUCCAAUCGUCUCACCUUCCUGAACUCAUUUAAGAUGAAGAUGUCUAUAAUUUUGGGAGUCUGUCACAUGACAUUUGGUGUUUUUCUUGGCAUCUUUAACUACAUUCACUUCAGAAAGUCAUAUCGUAUCCUUCUUGUAUCUCUCCCGGAGCUCCUGUUUCUUCUCUGUCUCUUUGGGUAUCUGGUCUUUAUGGUGAUAUAUAAGUGGUUGGCCUGGCAUGCACAGGAUGCUAAUACUGCACCAAGUCUCCUUAUUCAUUUUAUUGACAUGUUCCUGUUUACCCAGAAUGAAGGGAACCAUAGUCUCUAUGAUGGUCAGAAUGUUGUGCAAAAGGUCCUGGUGGUUGUUGCUUUACUAUGUGUUCCAAUUCUGCUGCUUGGAGACCCAAUCUGUCUUUACAUUCAGCAUCGAAGGAAAAAUAAUGACCACCACCAACAUAUCCAGCACUCUCUGAACAAUGAGGAAAGAAGUCCACUGCUAGAAGACACCACAGAGCCUACAGAAAUCACAGAGCCUAUAGAAAACACUCAUAAAAAAGCUAAGGACCAGCACGGACAUAAAGAGUUUGAUGUUUCUGAUGUUUUCUUGCACCAGAUGAUUCACACUAUUGAGUUUUGCCUAGGCUGCAUCUCUAACACUGCAUCUUAUCUUCGAUUAUGGGCACUAAGCCUGGCACAUGCACAGUUGUCAGAGGUUUUGUGGCAGAUGGUGAUGAGACAGGGAUUCAUCGGGCUGUCCUUUGUAUGGGGUGUUGUUAUUGUUCCGGUUUUUGCGGCAUUUGCUGUGUUGACAGUAGCCAUUUUGCUUGUUAUGGAGGGGCUAUCUGCAUUUCUACACGCUCUCCGUCUACACUGGGUAGAAUUCCAGAACAAAUUUUACACCGGUGACGGAUACAAGUUCUCUCCUUUCUCUUUUGAGACUCUCUUUUAGUUUUGUAAAAAUAAAAAACCAUAUUAGAUGGAAGUUGAGCCAUUAUUAUAUAGAGAAAUGCUUGCAUCAAUAGAAUAGCCUUUUUUCAUUGCACAAACAAAUAAACUGCUUUUAAGCAUCAAUGUGUUUUUUUUCCAAAACAGUUUAAAGGCUAAUGUUUCUCAAUCUCCUUAAAAAAUAAAUAAAAAUAAAUAGCCCCCCCCCCCUGCCCUUUGCAGCUAUAACAGGCACAAGAUUUCUGGAAAGUGUUCCAUAAGAUUUUGGAGUGUGUCUGUGGGAAUUUGUUCCCAUUCAGCCAAUAGAACAUCUGUGAGGACAGGCACUGGUGUUGGGUGAGAAGCUCUGGCUUCCAAUUCAUGCCAAAGCUGUUCAGUACAGUGCAAGCCACUUAAGUUCCUCCACACCAAACCUAUCAAACAAUAUCUUCAUGGGUCUCACUUUGUGCAAUGAGGCAUAAUCGUGCUGGAACAGGAUGGGGCCUUCCUCAAAAUAUUGCCACAAAGUUGGAAGCAUCCAAUUGUCUAAACUGUUUUUCUAUCCUGUAGCAUUAAGAUGAUCCUUCACUUGAACUAAGGGGCCUAGCACAAACCUUGAAAAAACAGACCAAAACCAUUAUCUCCCCUACAUCAAAAAUUUUAGUAGGCACCAUACAUUCCAGCAGGUAGCAUUCUUCUGCUUUCCGUAACCCCUAGAUUUCUCAGUCAGGCUGCCAGAUAGUGAAACCUGAUUUAUCACUCCAGAGAAGACAUUUCAACUUUUCCAGUGGCAGUGUACUUUAAACAACUCCAGAUGGUGCUUGCCAUUGCACAUGUUGAUGUGAGGCUUGUGUACAGUUGUUUAGUCAUGGAAACCCAUUUUGUGAAGCCCCCGACGCAUAGUACUUGUGCUGAUGUUGCUACCAGGCAGUUUAGAACUCUGUAGUGAUGCAACAGAUAUUUAAUUUUUAAAAGAUAACUUUUAUUAUUUCAAUUUAUUUUACAAGAUAACUUUUUAUUGAGAGUUUUAAAGAAGAUAACAAUUAUCCAGGAUAAUAACAUGUUGCAACAGUGUAUAUAUAGAUUAUAAAUAUUACUAAUUUAUAGGAAAACACAAAAUGAUAGGUGAUUUUAACACACUAUGCGCUUCACCACUUGCAUGCCCCGCUCUCUGUGAGUUUGCGUGGUCUACCACUUCGUGUCUGGGCUGUUGCUGCUCUUAGAUGCUCUUCCACUUCACAAUAAUCUCACUUCAACUUGUAGCAAAGUUGGUAAUGUUUAAAGUUACUGAGCUGUUUAGUAUGACACACAGUGCUGUCAGUGAUUGUAUGUACUGGAUUGUAUGCACCUGCUAGCAAUGGGUGUGGCUAAAACACCUGAUUUUAAUAUUUAGCAGGGGUGUCCACAUAAUUUGUACAUUGUAGCAGAAAAAUAAAUUUGUGAUUUUGCAAUUAA